AUGGGUGGCUUUGUCCACUAUGGUGAAGUGACCAAUGACUUUGUCAUGCUGAAAGGCUGCGUGGUGGGAACCAAGAAGCGAGUGCUCACCCUCCGCAAGUCCCUGCUGGUGCAGACCAAACGGCGGGCCCUGGAGAAGAUUGACCUGAAGUUCAUUGACACCACCUCCAAGUUUGGCCAUGGCCGCUUCCAGACUAUGGAGGAGAAGAAAGCGUUCAUGGGACCACUGAAGAAAGACCGAAUUGCAAAGGAAGAAGGAGCUUAGAGUUAGGAGCAGGUUGUGCAGCUGGUGGGAUCUGAAUAAAAAUUAACUUUGCUCUGAAAAAAAAAA